GAAUGUUGUCAACGUGACUGUCAUCAAGUAGCGAGGCAGAGAGCAGAGGAGCCGUCGGUAGAUGCUCCGGUUUUCUGUAUCGUCGGGACUCACAAAGUGGCCGGACGGGGGAGACAGGCUGACUAUCGGGAUUCAGGGAAGAUGGAGAUAAGUUUUCGAAUAUCUCCUUUGUUUGCUGUCAGAGUCGUACUGUAGCAUUCAGGACAACUUACAGUACAUUGUGUCUUGUACGUUUUCCUAUUUGGAUCCAACCGUCGCUAGCUAGCUUAGCUGCCAGCCGCUGUUGCUGUCAGCCACACGGGCAGGUACAGAAGAGGAGAGGAGGGGUUGGUGACAAAGAAAGGUGGCGAGGUAACGAUGAACCGCUUUCGAAAGUGGCUGUACAAGCCAAAGAGGACAGACCCUCAGCUCCUGGCCCAAUUCUAUUAUGCUGAUGAAGAGCUUAACCAGGUGGCCACUGAGUUGGACAGCCUUGAUGGCAGGAAGGACCCCCAGAGAUGUACUCUGCUGGUCAACCAGUUCAGAUCCUGUCAGGACAAUGUGUUGAACAUUAUCAGUCAGAUCAUGGAUGAAUGUAUUCCCAACGACCGGGCCAACAGAGACUUUUGUGUCAAGUUCCCUGAGGAGAUUCGUCAUGACAACUUGGCAGGGCAGCUGUGGUUUGGAGCUGAGUGUUUGGCUGCAGGCUCCAUCAUCAUGAACAGGGAGAUCGAGAGUAUAGCCAUGAGACCCCUGGCUAAAGAUCUCACUCGCAGCCUGGAAGAGGUACGCAACAUCACCAGAGACCAGGCCCUGAGAGACCUUAACUUGUACACAGACCGCAUGAAGGACGCAUUGCGACAUUUUGACAGCCUUUUUGCUGAGUUCGAGCUCAGCUAUGUGUCAGCCAUGGUGCCUGUGAAGUCUCCCAAAGAAUAUUAUGUACAGCAGGAGGUGAUUGUGCUCUUCUGUGAGACCGUUGAGAGGGCCUUAAAGCUGGGCUAUCUCACACAAGACAUGAUCGAUGACUAUGAACCUGCUCUGAUGUUUACAAUUCCCAGACUAGCCAUUGUGUGUGGGCUAGUUGUGUAUCCAGAGGGACCUCUUAACCUUGACCGAAAAUCAGAGGACAUGUCUGAGCUCUUCAGGCCUUUUCGCACUUUAUUGAAGAAAAUAAGAGAUCUCUUGCGAACUCUCACUAAGGAGGAGUUGAUGACGUUGGAGAGGAACCUGUGUAUUUCUCAGGACGGAGAGUUGUCCACAAGCCAGGGGAUGGUCACAACCAGUCCCCCAACACAAGUUCAAGAGAAUCCCUCAUCCUGCAACCCUCCUAAUGAAACCUCAGAGAGGAAGGGUGAAAUGGAAGAGGAGCAACUCCCUGUGUUUAUCUGUCCCAGUAAAGACAAGGAAUUGGCAGAAGUAGAAAAUGGCUGGGAGGAGGUGGAAACCCAGAGGGGGGAGGAGGAACCAGAACAAGGCCUGCUCUGUGAAGAGGCAGAGGAGGCUGAGCUGGCCUGCUCCAUGCAGUAUGAUGAGGAGGAACUAGAGCAGCUCAACAUGAUGGUGUAUCGCGUGGGAGAUGAAAUGUCCACUCUGCUGUCACCUCCCAGCCAGGGCCAGUCCCCAGCCCAUCAUCCCGUCAGAGGAGAGCCUAGUGGUUCUAGUGGGGCUUCCAGCACUGAGGCCUCUCCACGCAGGAUUUUGGGGAGCCGGGGAAGGACAGGCAUCUAUGUAGAGGAGGAGGACAGGGUCUUCUUCAUGGAAGACCUGGACACAGCAGGAGACGGCAACACCAGUAUUUCAAGAGAAGCCUGCAGUUGUGUUACCUCUCCUUCUAAAGAAUCUGUUCAUCCUGUGCAGCACAAGCCCGGAGCAAGGCCAGCCUCUGUUAGGAAUGGUUGGUAUUCUGAGACUACAUCAGAGCAGCCUUGUCCACAGCCACGUAGCUUGAACACAUGCAGUCCCAUGGCAAAGCGCCCCCCAUUCACCUCUGCCCCUGGUUCUGAACCUCUGCCUUAUAGCAACGGGUGGGAGAUGGGUUUAGAAGGGACAGCGUCUGAAACAGCUGAGGUCAUUGCCCAUCGUAUGGGAGGCAUGAAGCUGUCUGCUACAGUCAUCUUCAACCCUCGCUCUCCCAGCUUGACAGAGCUGGCUGUGGACAAGCUGCUGCUGCCUCGGCCAACUCCCUCUGAGAUUGAGCCCUGUGGCCCCCUGGUGGCUACUCACUGUCUGCUCAACUCUUGUGUCUGCUGUGGGAGCUGUGAGGAUGGCCAUGAGGAUGCCGUCACCACAGAGACCACGGGUAUCAGCUUAGGCCGCUCUCUGGGUUUGGACAAACAUUGUAAGACCCCAGCCCCCAGCGCUGUCAUCCAGUCUGCUGCUUGCCAGCUACUAUCCCGUGGUCAUGAACCUCACAGUAAGGGUGAGAUCACCCAGCUGAAAUCUCCUUCUUCUCGUUGCCCCGAAGAUCCACUGGUGGAGAAUUCAAAUUCCCAGCUCUGUGAAAAGUGCCUAGUGGUGGCUCCAGAGCGGGGGCAUCGUUCUCAGGACUAUAGUUCUAGGAGAGGGGAGGGAGCCUCCCCAUGCAACCACCAGCCAAGGACUGAAACAAGGCAGCUUGUGAGUGGCUGCCGACAGAGGGACAAGGAGGUGGACAAAGACAAGCCAGGAAAUGUAGAUAUUAAGCGGGAAACCAAAGAGGAAAGCAGGAAAAGUUCCAGUUUUCAGAACUCCCCCCUCAGCUCUGUGUCAGGUAGUGACUGUGAGAGUGUGUCGGUCACCACAUGUAGUCUGUCAAGCAGUGCGUAUACACCCAGCCCUGUUAGCAGUCUGACUCCCAGCUCGGGGACAUCAGAAGACGUGGACCACCAAGAGAUUCAGCUGGCCUUGCAUGAUGCCAAACUGGUGGCCAGGAGCAAGAUCCGGUCACGUUUUCACAGCAGCAGUGACCUCAUCCACCGUCUUUUUGUUUGCAUAUCAGGUGUUGCUGAUCAGCUCCAGACAAACUAUGCCAGUGACCUUCGCAGCAUCCUCAAGACUUUGUUUGAAGUCAUGGCAACCAAAUGCGAGCAAGGAGACAAUGAUAAGCAAAAGAAAGCAGGUCCUGUUCUGCGCAGUGCAGUGCUGGAGGACUGUGCUCUCUGUCAGGAGACCGUUUCCUCAUCGGAAUUGGCAGCCAAAGCCCGAGAGGGCCAGUUCGAAGACCCUCCAGACUGGGUUCCUGAUGAGGCCUGCAAUUCCUGCAUUGCCUGCAAGGCCCCCUUCACUGUCAUUCGCAGGAAACAUCAUUGCCGGAGCUGUGGAAAGAUCUUCUGCUCCCGCUGUUCUUCCCAUUCUGCUCCGUUGCCUCGAUACGGCCAGGUUAAGCCUGUCAGGGUCUGCACCCACUGCUACAUGUUUCAUGUUACACCCUUCUACAAUGACAAGGCGGGCAUUUGACUCCAGAUCAUCACAGAAAGCACACAGUCUGCCACAAGAGCAUAUGCAACAAACAGAUCCACUACUGUGUACAAAGUAAAUGCAACACUGCUCCGGUAAACCUCAAAGGUUGUGAUUGCCAAUACUAAGCAUGACUUCAGAUUAAGGCCAUUAAAGAUAAGACAUCAGAUAGUCGAAACAAGAAGCCACAAUAUGAUUCAAGCUGUUUUGGGGAGAUUAUGAUGUGUCAUUAAGAAUCAGUGUUUACUGUGCCCACCAGACACAAGUGAUUUACAGAAACCUACCUGAAUGUUAAGUUGCAGAGGGAGAAGCUAUGAUGCAUUGCAGUGAUAGGUUUACCUGCAUUUGUGCAACAGUCCUCUGUAGCAGUUUGAAUCAUGAAGCCAGAACAGGCUUCUUUUUUUUAUUUAUUUAUUUGCUUAAGAUGUAAACGAAAAGACUUGCAUAUUUUUGUGCUUUAGUGAGCUUCCCACCUCUUUGUGCCCGAGCUACUACGGGACUCAGAUCACUCUUAAGAAUGUAAGUCAUGACCACCGUGUAAAUAAAGAUAAUUCUGGUUAUAAUUUUACAAAAAUGUUUUCAGCAGGCCAACAGUCCCAUUAAAGCAAAUGAUACUC